CGCAUUGUGCGCACUUUUGUCCCAUUGGAGAACGCGGUCCCAAGAGCCAGCGGACCGCCCCCCGAAGAGAAGGAAAGGAGAGGAAAGGAGAAGGAGAGCGAUCGUCGAGGCCCAGCGGCUGCGGCGAGGUUAAGUUACGAGUUACAGCUGGCCCACGAAUAGUUCGAGAGUUCGAGAGCCGAGAGCGAGUUCGAGCUCUGGCUGCCGAGCGAGCGAGCGAGCGACUGACUGCCGCAGCCAGACGGCCCCCAGGGAUGCAGAGGCAGCGACGUCAGUCGGGUAUCAGGAGAACGACUAGGAUGGUGGCGCUGAGACAGCGAUCCUGAUGAUUAUGGGCGGGCGGGCGGCUGCAUCGGCUGCGGUGGGGUGGCCUUGACGGAUCAGCGAGGCAGGACUCUCGUCGCAGACGGGGCAUGAGGUGGUUUCUCGUGUUCUGAGAGAGUCGAGAAGAGAAGUGCAGUGCAGUGAUCGACUUGCCGUCUUAUGGACGGGUGGUGUCGGCCGACCCAUAGGCGACCUGUGUAGGUGCACCCAAUGUGGGCUGGGGGAUCGAGGAAUAUGGAGGCAAUGUGGGAGGCUGAGAGCCAUCCUCAAUGGCAGGACUAUUCUCUGGUUUGCUUCGCUGCCCUCGCGUGUCCUCUGGCCCGCUUUCUUCUCGACUCUUGCGUCUUUCAGAGGCUUGCAGAGAGGGCUAUAUUUCCAGAUGGUGAGAAUAAUCUGAAAAAAAUAGUAAGAGAUUCACGCCGAAAGAAAAUUCCAAAGUUUAUGGAAUCUGCUUGGAAGUUAACUUAUUACACGGCGACUGUUGUCCUUGCGCUGCUCGUCACCUAUAAAGAGCCAUGGUUUGGGAAUACCAAUGCCUUCUGGCAUGGAUGGCCCAACCAAUCUUUGAAGUUUCAACUGAAAGUUCUCUAUACACUUCAGUGCGGCUUCUACGUGUUCAGUGUCGCCGCCCUCCUGUUUUGGGAAACUCGAAGAAAAGAUUUUGCGGUUAUGAUGAGUCAUCACAUUAUUACUAUCUCUCUAAUAGGGUUUUCAUACAUCACUGGAUCCUUCCGAGUUGGUUCAAUAGUGCUCGUGCUGCACGAUGUGAGUGAUAUUUUUUUGGAGUCCGCCAAACUUUGCAAGUACAGCGGGAGUGAGCUUGGCGCCUCUGUACUUUUUGGACUAUUCGCACUUUCAUGGGGUCUUCUUCGUCUCGUGUACUUCCCCUUCUGGAUAAUCAGAAGCACCAGCCUUGAUAUUAUCGAGCAUUUGGACAAAUCCAAUCCCUUACAUACGAUCCAGUACUAUGCAUUCAAUACUCUGCUUUUGACACUACUCAUCAUUCACAUUUAUUGGUGGUGGCUUAUUUGUCGAAUGAUAUCCAGGCAGUUGCAACUGCAAGGAAGAAUACCGGACGACGUUCGCUCAGAUUCAGAUGAUGAUUAGAACAACUGAUGUCGGAAUGAAGAAAGUUUCAGCAAGUGGCACCUGGUUUCCGAAGGGGUCGAUAGAAACGUAUGACCAUGGCUGACACAGCUCCUUGUACAGAGUUCAAUUGUUUUGGACAGCAAUCAAGAAAAGACAAGGGCUUGUCGGAGAAGCCAAACCCUAAAGUCCAGUGCGUAAAUUGAUGGUCUUCAACACCAUCUAACAUAAUUCUAGAUUCUAGUAAAAAGUUAGUGAAGUAGAAUACGGGCUGCAGAAUAUUUUUUAAGUUCCAAUUUGCGCGAAGUCGGAGGAUCACAGCGGUGAUAUAGUUAGCUCAUUGUAGUAAAUCCAGGUCAAGAUGUUAAGACUGGAUCGGAAGAGUCACAUUGGCUGCAAGAACUUUUGCCUCAGAAGAGUUUGAAGUU